UUUCCCUAUUAGGACAGAAAUGGCCUCAACUGAGCGCAGCACUCAGUCAUACAAGAUGAGCUCCUUGGACAACGACAUCAAUCAACAUUUCCAGGAUGCAAUUGACGUAAUUCAACAGCAUUCAAAUAAUUCAUAUUAUGAAACAGAGUAUGCAUACUAUGAGACUCUGGGUCCUCAGCAGCCAUCUCUGCAGUGUCAGAUCUCCUGCUGCCUGGUCACACACCCUUCUGAUGGCCCACCUCCCAUGUAUGACUGGAAUGACACAGCUCAGCAGUCCUGGCCUCAGGUAAUCCCUGAUACCGCCUUGGGUCAUUCACAAACUGAAUCCCCUCAUUUCUACUCCAUCUUGCCACCACCGAGGAAUAGUAAAGGUCGCAAGAAGCUCAGACUUUAUGAAUACCUCCAUGAAGCUCUGAAUGACCCAUGCAUGGUCGACUCAAUCCAGUGGACGGACAGUGGAAGCGGCAUCUUCCACUUCAUCUCCAAGAACAAAGAGAAGCUGGCAGAGUGCUGGGGCCAACGCAAAGGCAACCGCAAGACCAUGACCUAUCAGAAGAUGGCAAGGGCCCUGCGAAACUACAGCCGCACUGGGGAGAUCAUGAAGGUGCGCCGCAAACUCACCUACCAGUUCAACCCAGACAUCCUGCGUAGACUCGGCUCUGUACAGGAGCACGUGCACCUGCCCUGCCACCCUGCACUGGAGGAGGUUCGCACCCAGCAGCAGCAAAACCCGGCCGAACAGAGCUACUGCAGCUCUGCAGAGCCAGACUGGCACAGCUGGUACGGACACUACCAGCUGCAGGAAGAUUAUGACCUGGCUGCCAGCUUCACUUCACACAGCACAGCCAAGCUCUGA